GUUCUACAAAAACACACUCUCUGAAAGAAACUCGUACGUUAAGUGAACAUUUUUUAAAAAAAAUAUUUAGUGAAGCAAAAAGUAACAGUAAAAAAUCCCAGAAAUUGAGUGAAGUGAGUUUUCGGUUUUUUCAAUCAAAAGGAAUUCUGACCAAACACCAUGCUUUUGGAUGAAACAAAGACUGGCAGCAAAACGAAUUGUUUGCAAAGACAGGAUGCCGAAGAUACAUUGAAUGAAUUUGCCAGUAAAGUGAAGUGGUUAACAGAAGGUGGUGACAGUGUUCUACACAUCGGCAGCCGUAGCGGAGACGUUCUGUUUGACUACAUUUUUCCACUGCUACCGAAGAACUUUUCAAGGCUGGUCGGUAUCGAUAAAUCGGAAGAAAUGAUUUCCUAUGCGGUGGAAAACUAUCGUCAUCCAAAAUUGUUUUUUGACCGUGCUGAUAUCAUCAAUGCGGAUGAUGUCAACCGAAUACUGAACCAAUUCGGUCAAUUUGAUCAUAUCACCACCUUGUGCAGUUUGCAUUGGGUCAUGAACCAGGAACUCGCUUUCAAAAAUAUUUUCAAUCUAUUGGCACCACAUGGAGACAUAUUGAUAACAUUGUGCGAAAGCCAUCCGCUGUUCGAACAUUAUCGCGACAUGAUGGCAAUGGACAAGUGGAGCGAUUAUCGAGAACAAAUGAAAUUGAGUACGUCACCGUAUUUCGGGGUUUCGGAUCCAGUUAAAAUGUUGAAGGCGAUAUUGGAAAAGACUGGAUUUAAAUAUGUUCAUGUUGAGUUGAAGGAACGCUUGGUCCGGUACGAGAAACAGGGUUUUAUCGAUGCAACAAGCCCCAGCGCUCCAAUUUUAUGUCACCUUCCUGAGGGCCUUCGAAAAGAAUUUCUCAGUACCUACGAACAAAAAGUCAUGCAAAUGUCGGAGAACACCUACAAAACACAAAACAAUCACAAUAUUACCGUACCGUAUCGGAUGUUGAUAGCGUUUGCGAAAAAAGGAAACCAAACAAGCAUGCACAACAUAGGUCCUGUUCCCAUUAAUAUUGACGAUGUUCGCAUGCACAAUGCGAAAUGCUAUCACGAGACAAAUUGUAUGCAGCGCAAAGAUGCUUUAGACACCAUAACAGAGUACCAAUACCGAGGAAUGUUUCAAUGGUCACCUAAGGGAGAUGAUAGCCUGUUAGACAUAGGGACUGGUUGCAGUGACAUUACAUACGAUUAUAUCCUGCCAAUUAUACCACAAAAUUCACAAAUAGUCGCCAGUGAUAAGUCGCAGGCAAUGCUUGAUUAUGCCAGUUUGCAUUUCUCGCAUCCUCGAAUAUCGUUCGCUAAACUAGAUAUCGAAAGUGAAAAUGAUGUAAAUAAUGUGUUGCGAGAGUAUGGACAAUUUAAGCGUAUCACUUCAUUUUUUGCCUUACACUGGGCGUUAAAGCAAUAUGUUGUCAUGGAGCACAUCUUCAGUUUAUUACAACCUGGCGGAGAGGUAUUGAUGACCCACAUACAGAACCAUCCGUUAUUUGAACAUUAUGCUGACAUGUCUGAACGCCCGAAAUGGUCACCGUACAGACUCGAUAUGAAAAGGUUUAUAGCGCCAUACUUUCGAAAAGAGAAUCCCGAAAAGGAGCUUUAUAUGCGAGUGGAGCGAGCUGGAUUCGUCGACAUCAAUAUCGUUUUAAAGAAGCGGAUCUUCCAUUUCGAUAGUCAAGUAUUCCUUGAUUCUAUUAUCGCAAUUGCUCCAUUUCUGGACGAAAUAUCAGAGUCUCUGAAACGAGAAUUUCUUCAAAUAUACAUCAACAAGGUGAUGACAAUGAAACUACCCGCACCAUAUAAAUCGAAUAGGGAACGAAACGAUGGAAAAAUUAUCAUUCCAUUUUGCAUGUUGGUGGCUCAUGCAAAGAAACCGAUACCAAAAGGUGCUCAUGUUUGAGGACAGGUUUGAAAUUAAAUUUUUUAUUUCACGUUUUUCGUUCAAGCAGUGUAGACCUCAGACGAAAAAUUCGUCUAAGGUGUAGACACAUUGGUGUAAUGAUUAUGAAUAAAUUUGUUCAGCAGUA